GCCUUCACACUGAUUAUGCGCCAGGUUGUCAGUAGAAAGUCACGUUUAUAAAGUUAUUUCUCUGACCAGCUAAACUAGCUGUGCAUUUACAGCGUGAAAUGGCUGGAAAGGACUUGAGGAGAGAAGAUGCACUGUCACGGCUGGACCACAAACACGCCUGUCACAUCCUGCUGUUUGCAGAUAGCAAUGCUAAACUCUUCGGAAAAAUCCCAGUUAAACAUAUCGUGCUGAUGCAGAUGCGUUUCGAUGGCUUACUUGGCUUCCCCGGAGGGCUAGUGAAACCCUCAGAGGAGAGUCUGGAGGCAGGGCUGAGCAGAGAGCUACAGGAGGAGUUGGGGGCAGCAGUGCCAGUGACCAUGGACGACUAUGUGUCCUCUCACCUUGCUCAGUCUCCUCCUCGCCUCAUCCUACACUUCUAUAUCAAGAAGAUUACAGAACCUGAGCUGCUAGAGAUUGAGAGAGCUGCAGUCUGUAAUGCUGUGGAUCACGGCUUAGAGGUGCUGGGUCUGACUAGAGUACCCCUCUAUACCUUGAGGAAUGGUGGUGGUCUUCCUUGGUUCCUGUCUCACUCAUUCAUCAGCAAUUCACGAGCCCAGCUGUUGGAGGCACUGCAGCGUCUGGACUUGGUGUCACCUCAGAGUCUGAAGGAAGCAGUUAAAAAGGCAGAGGAAAUGAGACACACUGUCCAGCCUGAGCCACACCCACACUGACCUCAUCUCUGUGAACUUGCCGUCAUCAAACUGAGCAGAGCAACCAUACUCUUCUGCUUGGGACGUACUAGUCUCGGCUCUCUGGAUCUUUCUUUUGUCUUCAUGUCAGUUUACAAACUAAAUAACCAGAAUCUGCUCCGAUCACACAUUUGGUUGUGUGUCAAGAAGAAUUUGAACUUCUUAAUCUAUGCAUAUACUAAUGUGAAAUGCUUGAACUAUAGGAUUUGUAAACCAGCGUGGCCCCUCUGUUUACCUCGUCUUUGAAUGGAAUGAAAUGAUCUGCAGUAAAGCCUUUAGUUAGAGAAUUUUGAUUUAUUUUAUGGGAAUAAGCUUUUGGCUUGAUUCCAUAUAAGCGUUCAUAAAUAAUACUGCACAGCCGGCCUUUUUGACGUUUCACAUUCGGAGUGUUAAUGUGACUGUUUCAAGUGUGCAUACGGUAAUUGGUUGAUUUUAAUGCUUAUGUAAUUGGAGUAUUUAUUUUCUGCUAAACCGUAGGCCAGGCCAGAAAAGAUUUAUUGAUGUAUCAUUGUUGGAACAUGUAAAUAUUCAGAGACUAUUAAAUCAGUCCAAACAUGC